AUGGUCAGAAGGGUCGCCUAUAAGGACGUGUUGGCCACUCCAAUCAUAUCCACCAUCGCAAACACAAUCCCCACCAAAGAGCUCCUUCUCCGACUCCAGAAAAUCGCAGAUACGCUUUCGGGAAUCGACCAGGAUGACGCGUCGACGGAGGAUUUCCGCGCUCUCGCAGAGAAUUUGGCCAACAAGAAGCUUCUCGCCAAUAAAAACGUCGGUAUUCGCUCGUACGCUUGUUGUGCGCUCACGGACAUUCUACGUCUCUUUGCACCCGAUGCACCAUUCGAGCCAGAAACGCUCUCGGGCAUUUUCAAACUGUUCUUCGCCGAGUUUGCCGGUUUGUGGAACGAAGAAAAUCCCUACUAUCAACAGCAAUGCUACAUUUUGCGCCGCAUAGUGGAGGUACGCUCCGUAGUGCUCAUAGCAGACCUCCCAGAUGCAGAGAAAUUGGUGUCCAAAAUGUUUGAAACGAUGUAUGUUCUUGCGGGCAAGGGCCUUCCAUCCCGCUUGGAGCCUCUUGCCGCAGAAAUGCUCUCCGAGACCGUUUCUGAGGCCGAUACCAUCCCGCGCGAUGUGGUGGGCCUAAUCCUCAAGAAACUUAUUGUGCCGGCCAGUUAUCCGGUCGCUGCUCUGAAGUCCAAUAUCGGAAACACGGCUUUUGCGUUUUCGCUCGCUGUUUGUCAGGCCAACGUCGAUAAGAUGGCGCGCUAUGUGUCUCAACACUUCUCUGAGAUGCUAGACGCCAGCGUCUCUGCCAAUGACCUGGGAAACACUGGAAAAGACUUCAAAGCUUCAUAUGCGGCUCUCGAAAAAAUUCACAGCUCGUCGAUCCAAAUCUGGGCCCAUUUACCGGAGCUUUUGAGCUCGGUCAUGGGCUUAAUCGGAGACGAAUUGAACUCUGACAACGAGAAGAUUCGAGAGUUGGCGACCACCUCUAUCGGAAGCAUGCUUGCAUCUGAAUCUUCUGGACAAAGCUCCUCGACAACAAGAUUUAUCUCAGCACACAAGUCUGCUUGGGCUACCUGGCUAAAGAAAUCCUCCGACGCUUCCGCCGGAAUCAGAGCGGCAUGGGCCAGCAACGUGGUGCCAAUACUAUCCACUCAGACCUUGACCACUGACGUGCUUCGAGAGCUCUGUGAUGGUCUUACCAAAUGCUUGAUGGAUUCAAACGAGAAAGUGAGACUCACCGCUUGCAAAGCAAUCAGAUCGUUGCCGCCCUCUAUGUUCAUGAACAAACUAUGCUCUGAACAUUCUCUCAACUCUGUGUUGCCUCUCUGUCGGGAGAAACACGUUGACAUCCGUAAUGAGGCCAUUUACUUUCUCUCCGAACUUUACAACUACUACCUGGAGCGGGACUUACAGGGAAAAGUGAUCGAUUUUGGUGUUUUGGGAGAAAUGGAAAUUGCCAAGGUCAAAACAAUAUUGAGCUCUACAAUCCCUAAUACUAUACUACAGCUCAACUACGUCAACGACAAGCUAUUAACUGCCACCGUUGAUAUUGUUCUAUUCGAGCAGUUGGCUCCUUUCAAUGACGACUCAUCGAUCCGAAUGAGCCGUCUAUGUCUUCUUUACGAGAAUCUUGAUCAAAGAAGUAGAACUACGUUCAAUGCAAUUAACAGCAGACAAAAGAAGACCGUCGAAGUGAUGCUCAAGUUUGUUGACUUUGCAGAAGAGUAUGCCUUGGAAUCCUCUUUGCAGGCAGAGAACAAGGAAAACUCUUCUGAAAGUUCAAAGGCUCGCAAGGAGAAGCUACUUGUGAGCAUGGAAAGAGUCAUCAAAUGGAUUGUGGCCUCAUUUCCUGGCGGAAUCCACAGCUAUGAGUGCAUUGAGAGGUUUUUCUUGCUCAAAAAUUUGCGUUUGAUCAAUCUUUUGAAGAACACCAUAAACUCCCAACUGGACUACAAGUCUGUGAAAAAUUCCAUCAAGGAGAUUCUAAUGAAGGUUGCAGAUGAAAAGAGCAUCAAGAUAGACGGAGAAUCCACGCGAUUAUCUGCCGCGGACAUGAUUUCGAAUCUCAAGCUUCUUCUUUACAGAACAUCCUUCAUUUUCUACAACAAGACAAAUAUAGGGCAGAUCAUGGAGCUUUGUAUGGAUCAAGAAUCCCGCUUCCACAAGGUUUCUAACGAGAUCAUCACAGAGAUCUCUAAUACAUCUCCGGCUGGUUUCAAGAGUCAUGCAAAGACUCUUGCCACUAUGAUAGUUCAGGCUAAGGAUAUUGAGAACAGCAUCUCUCUUUUGCGCACCCUUUAUCGAUUUGGCAAAAAAAAUUCGGCAAGCUUGCCAAGCGACGAGGCUUUUCUCGACCAUUUGGCUGAGUUGGCCGUUACCGGAACAGCUACGCAAGCUAGAUACGCAGUCAAGAUUCUUCACUGCUAUGAAGAUGUAGAUGGGCAAUUGAAACAUAUUUAUGACGCAAUCUUGCCAUUUUCCACGGACAAGACAACCUCGGCGCAUAUUUGUGCUGUAGCCCAAAUGACCAGACUCGCCUAUCCAGCUCUUGCGUCCCAAUGGAACGCAGUCAGCCAUUAUGUCAUUGAGGAAGUGCUUCGCAAGAAUCUCUUCAGUAUGGAAGAAACAAUGUCUGGUGAAUUCAUAAGCGACUCAGAAUUGCAAGAACACGAAGUCCUUAAUAGAAAGUUGUGUUCAUUCAAAUUGCUUGUGAACAAAAUCCGCUCCAUUCGUGAAUCGACUGAGGCACCAAUUGUCGAAAAGACGGUCAAGCUAUUCUCCGCUUUCAUUUCAAACAACGGUGAAGUGGUCAAAUCGUCCGAGGAGCUGAUUCCAACACCGCCCGGCUAUAGGGCUCGUCUUCGUCUAGACGCUGGUCGCAGUCUCUUGAAGUUGGCGCAAGUUCCUGUUGUAGAUGCAACAAUCAGUCAUGACACAAUAUGGAAGAUUUCGCGUUUGCUCCGUGACGAGACCUUGCAGGUGAGGAAAUUGACCUUUGAGUCUUUGAGGAAAUAUUUAUCCAAGAACACCAUUUCUGAGCGGUUUCUUUUUCUCGUGUUCAUGUUGGGACACGAGCCAGAUGAAGUCUUGAAAAGUGACGCUAAGAAGUGGAUACUGUCGCAGCACUCAAAAUUAGAGGCCAAGAAUAACCAUAUGCUUGAAACGGCUUUGGCUCGGCUAGUCUUUGGAAUCGCAAAUGAUGGCAUAUUUAAACAAUUCAUUGACGAGCAGGAAACAACCGAGGUUUCUGCUACCAAAGAAGUUGAGGCCUACAUCUAUGCGCUGAAUUAUAUUCUGGUGUAUUUGGAUACUGUUGCCAAGGAGAAUAAUUGCUCAUUGCUCUACUACAUUGUCAGUAGGGUCAAACAGUACCGCGCCGUUUCCAAUCCAGACACCCUCGACGACGAUAGCGUUAAUUUGUACAGAGUCGCCGAACUUGCACAACUCAUGAUCAAGGAACUAGCCGACACUAAAGGCUGGACCUUACAGACAUGGCCUGGAAAGUUGAAUCUCCCUUCGGACAUCUAUGCCAUGAUCACCGACUACGAUGAAGCGCUGAGUGUUGUCUCCAGAAUCUAUAUCCCGGACGAUGUGCAAGUGGAACUCCGGAACUAUUUAGCAAAACCAGGCGCCACGAGGGCCAAAAGAAAACCGGUCCAAAAGCUUGCCCAGGCACGUGGGACUAAGAAAACAAAGGUCCAGAGAAAAGCAAAAGAUUCUGAAGGCUACGCAUCCGAUCAAGAGUCUGUAGCAGUCACUCGUCCGCGUAGGGCUAGCCGGCGCGCCACAAAGAAAGUUGUAUAUGAGGAGGAAAGCGAAGAAGAACUGGACGAACGCUCAGAUGUUAGCGACGACAGCGACUUUGUGUGA